GAACGCUACAGCUGCAGAAAUCGUCCCUAAAAAGUGAAAUAAUAAGCCUUAAACUUCAUUAAAUGUGAGUUAUAUGAGUUUUACUGAGGUUUAAUAGUAGUAGUCGUUGCCAUGGGAACAGAGGAGAGUUUCUGCCCCUCUGAUGAGGAUGCUGAGAGAUGGAUGUGCAGCGCGUUUCACAUGGCUAAAGACGCUCUGGAUAACGGAGAGGUACCGGUCGGAUGUCUGAUGGUCUAUAACGAUGAGGUCAUCGGGAAAGGACGCAACGAGGUCAACGAGACCAAAAAUGCCACUCGCCACGCUGAGAUGGUGGCCUUGGACCAGGUCCUGGACUGGUGUCGCCAUAGCAACCUGAAUGUGAGGAGCGUGUGUGAGCACACGGCCCUGUACGUCACCGUGGAGCCGUGCAUCAUGUGUGCUGCAGCCCUGCGUCUGCUCAAUAUCCCGGUGGUCGUGUACGGCUGCAGCAACGAGCGGUUUGGAGGCUGCGGUUCAGUUCUGGAUGUUUCCUCUGCAAAGCUUCCUCACACCGGGACCACGUUCAAGUGUGUUUCUGGUCACAGAGCAGAAGAAGCCGUCGAGAUGCUGAAAACUUUCUACAAACAAGAAAAUCCAAACGCCCCCAAACCCAAAACCAGGAAGGACCGAGCCCUCACAGAGCCUAAUUAGCUCUUUUUAUAUUAAACUUGUAUUUAUAUUUU